AUGAAACUCUUUUCUUAUGGAGGAUUGGUCAUGGGAGCUCUCGGAUCGAUAGUGAUGGACAAAGACGAGAGCUCAUUCGUCAUCGAAAGAAAUGAGCCCGAAUACCCAGACUACAUGGACGCAUUCGACGACGAUCAAGUCUGGAUGUACCAAGUAAACGACACUUCUCUUACUACCAAGUUUCUCGACGAUUUUCCUGUUCUCAAGAGCUCUGAGCCGAAGCCGACUUUUGUUGAUGGAGGAAUCAGGGUUCGAAAUAUGGGCAGAAUCAUGAAAAUGACCAUGUUCAUGCUGCAGAAGCCGCCCAACAAGUUCAUUUCUAUCUUCAAGAAAUAUGGAUGCCAUUGCUGGCCGCGUGGUCGGACGAUUCUUGGUGGACAAGGUCGCCCAAAAGACGAAGUAGACAGAACUUGCAAGCGCUUGUACAACUGCCACAAGUGCAACUUUAUCAACUCUUCUGGCUCCUGCUCCCCAGACGCGACGCAAUACAAAGUUCGAGGAUACGAGUCGGCCCCGGGCGUGCGUGUCCUGAGCUGCGGAGAUGCGGAGGGCAGCUGCGAGCGGAAUCUGUGCGAGUGUGACCUGGCUUUUGCGCUGGACAUGGCCGAAAAGGUCCAGCCCGACACGCUCGAUGAAGUGGCAGAGAGCGACAAUGCCAAGUCGAACGGAUUCAGGGCGGACGAAAGCUGCCAGGUCCAGGGCAAUUCCUUCUCAAAGGGCUUUCAGCGCGCACAUCAUACUUUCUCGGAGGAUUACCAACUCGCCAAAGAAGUUAAUGUUCACAAUGGAUUUGCCUGCUGCGGAGAUUCUUUCGAAAAUUACUCUCCCUACCGACCCGAAAUGGGCCAGCGCUGCUGCAACAAGAUGAAUGUCUACUCUUUGGGAAAGAAUCAAGUCUGCUGCAGAGACGGAACCAUCGCCGAGAACGGCGAAUGCUUGAGCUAA